UUUAAGACUUCUCUUAUAAUCUAGGAGGAAAAUUUAUGGACAAAAUCUGAUAGAAGUGCCAGUGAAGUCUUACUUCUCUCUCCUUAUCGAUGAGGUGCUGAACCCAUUUUACCUUUUCCAGAUUUUCAGUAUUAUACUGUGGAUGUGUGAUAACUAUUAUUACUAUGCAGUAUGCAUCUUUAUAAUUUCGGUCAUUUCCAUCGGCAUUUCUCUUUAUGAAACCAGAAAGCAAAGUAUCACUUUGAGGAACAUGGCUCAUCUUACAACAAAUGUUACGAUAUUGAGAGCAACUGGAGAGCAGGCGACUGUAAGCUCCUUAGACCUGGUUCCAGGUGAUUGCCUGCUUGUGCCACAUGAAGGGAUACUCUUGCCCUGUGAUGCUGCCCUGCUCUCAGGAGAGUGUAUGGUUAAUGAGAGCAUGCUGACAGGUGAGAGCGCUCCAGUGAUGAAGACUCCGUUGCCUUUUGGCCCACAAGCCAGUAACAAAAUAUACUCUCCCAAUGAGCAGAAGAGACACACACUUUUUUGUGGUACUCAUGUCAUUCAGGCCAAAGCAUGGGACAACAACAGAGUGAUGGCUGUGGUAGUACGCACAGGGUUUUACACAGCAAAGGGAGAUCUAAUCAGCUCCAUUCUAUAUCCCAAACCGGUCAGUUUCCGUUUUUAUCAAGACUCCAUGAAGUUUGUGCUGUUCCUUGGAAUCCUGGCUCUCAUUGGCACAGUUUACAGCAUGGUAAUUCUAAGUCAAAAUAAGACCAGAUGGGAGACACUUAUCACCCGAGCAUUGGAUCUCGUGACAAUCAUUGUACCACCUGCUCUGCCCGCUGCCAUGACUGCUGGUACCAUUUACUCUCAGAACCGACUGAAGAAGCAUGGAGUGUUUUGCAUUAGCCCUCCACGCAUCAAUGUCUGUGGAAAAAUUAAGCUCUUCUGUUUCGACAAGACCGGUACACUGACAGAAGAAGGGCUUGAUAUCUGGGGUGUGGUCCCUGUUAGUCAACAAGACUUUGCGGAGCUUGUUCCAGAACCCAGAAUACUCCCGCAGUCUCCAUUGCUAAGCUCCAUGGUCUGCUGCCAUACAGUAGCCCUCCUGACAGACAGAUGUAUUGGAGAUCCUCUCGAUCUGAAGAUGAUUGAGUCAACAGGCUGGAUUCUCACAGAGCCUACUGGAGAGGAAGACAUAGCCAAGCUGGAGCAGCAGUUUGGGAUGAAAGUGGUAUGUGUCAUGAGACCCCCAGAUAUUCAGGAUCAGCAUCAUGGCACUGAGCUCAGAGACCCUAUUGGAAUUGUCAAGCGCUUUCCUUUCUCUUCCAAUAUACAAAGAAUGAGUGUGCUCUCGAAAAAGCCAGGUGGCCCACUGGAGGCUUAUCUGAAGGGAUCACCUGAGAUGGUAGCCAGUCUUUGCAAGAGAAAUUCAGUUCCCCAGAAUUUCACAGAGACACUUAAGCAGUUUACCAGAGAUGGUUUUCGUGUGUUGGCGCUAGCGUACAAGGAAAUGACGGAUGUUACAGUGGACCCCCAAGAGGUAGAGAGAGAGUCUGUUGAGAAUGACAUGGUGUUCCUGGGACUUUUGGUAAUGAGGAAUGUUCUCAAACCUGAGACGGCUCCUGUGAUAUCCACUCUACGGAAUGCCAAAAUCCGCAUCGUCAUGGUAACAGGUGAAUAAAUAUCUAUAUAUUUUCAAUGGU